AUGGAAGCAGCUGCGGAUGGAGGAAAAGAAAUAACCAAUACCAAUGGUCAGAUGACCUCCAUUCACGAUUCCGAGGUGGUUCAGGACGAAUAUCCACAUGGUUUCCGAUUGGCCGUUCUUGUUGGAGCUGUCUGCAUGACUGUUUUCUUGACAUCUCUAGAUCAAACAAUCGUCGGCACAGCAAUCCCCAAAAUCACAGACGAGUUCCACGGUCUCAGUCAGGUAUCCUGGUAUGGCUCGGCCUACUUUAUGUGCUUCGGCGGCUUCCAAUCGUCAUGGGGCAAAGCUUUCAAAUACUUCUCCCUGAAAUCGACUUUCAUCGUAACGAUACUGCUCUUUGAGAUCGGCAGUCUGAUUUGUGCCACGGCACCCAACUCGAACGCAUUUAUCGUCGGCCGCGCUAUCGCUGGUAUAGGCGGAGCUGGUAUUUCGACUGGUGGGACCAUCAUAUUUGCCUUUUCUGCGGAGCCGAAGAACAGACCAACGCUGAUGAGCUUCGUGGGAGUCGCAUACACUAUCGCUGCUAUUCUCGGACCGUUGCUUGGUGGUGCAUUCACGCAGCGUGUGAGCUGGAGAUGGUGCUUUUAUAUCAAUUUGCCUCUGGGCGGUGCCGCCCUUUUCUUACUGGCCAUAUUUUUCCACACUCCACCCGCAGCCAAGCCGCUUAAAGCGAACUGGAAAGAGAAAUUCUUGCAAAUGGAUCCCCUGGGGAUCGUUUUGGCUAUGGGCUGCAUCAUAAGCUUCAUUAUCGCUCUGCAAUAUGGAGGACAAUCCCAUGCCUGGAACAGCAGCGUAGUUGUCGGUCUACUUGUUGGGUUCGUUUUACUCUUGCUCGCAUUAAUAGGAUGGGAAAUCUUCCAAGGUGAGUAUGCCAUGCUGCCACCCAGAUUACUGAAGCGGCGUGCUCUCUGGGCCGGCUGCCUCUUCCAGCUCUUCUUCUCUGGUGCCUAUUUUCUGCUCCUGUAUUACCUCCCUUUAUUCUUUCAGAGCAUUCAAGGCGUAAACGCCAUCCAGUCUGGGGUACGUAACCUGCCUUUGGUCAUCGCGGGUAGCUUCGCUAUAGUCAUAGGCGGCAUAACCGUCACCAUAACGCGUCUGACGACGCCCUUUAUGGCCAUCGGCUCGGCAUUGGGCGCAAUCGGAACCGGCCUCUUGUACACGAUGGACGCCAAAACGAGCACGGGGAAGUGGAUUGGUUAUCAAAUUCUUCUCGGCGUUGCUUUUGCGUUCCCUUUCCAAAACUCCUUGAAUCUCGCUCAAGCAGACGCAGAAGACGCUGCUGAUUUGUCAACCGUGUCCUCUACUAUCUACUUCUUCCAAGUUCUCGGCGGCGCAUUCAGUACUUCCGCAGCACAAUCCGCAUUCGUCAAUCGAGUCAUCUCCAGUGUGCGAAUAACUGCCCCUGAAGUAGACCCUCAACAGUUGAUAUUCAUCGGCGCAACACAACUCCGAGUUGUCUUUCCCCCUGAUCAGCUCCCUGGGGUCCUGAGCGCGUACUUGGAGGGUAUCAAAGCUUCUUUUGCGGUUGCUAUUGGUAUGGCUGGUGUUUCUUUUCUGAUAUGUUUUCUGGUGCCGUGGAAGAAGCUCCCUGUUGGUGCUGCGGGUAGUGCUGUUCCUGCUGGAUAG